GUUUAGGGGGUCGCAAGUCUCUGAGAAGCCUUACUUUUCAUCUGUUAUCCACACAGUACAGUUCCUGUCCAUAGGCUUUUCCCUCGUCAGUCAUUCUGUGCUGUUCACAUACAGUGGGUGUAAUUGUGAAAUUAAGGAAUAUGUGGGACAUCCAGGGAAAUAAAGCAAGGUCAGAGCUUGCAACCAAAAAUAAUGUAAAAAAUGAAAUCGUGAGGUGAGUGUGAAAGAAAAGUGCAAGAGACCAGAAGACAAGGACUGAAUUCCCAGGCCUGCUGCUUAUUAGCUGUGUGACCUGAGGCUGUUUGAACAGUUUAACCCAAAACAUGGAUAUCCGACCAAAUCAUACAAUUUAUAUCAACAAUAUGAAUGACAAAAUUAAAAAAGAAGAGUUGAAGAGAUCCCUGUAUGCCCUGUUUUCUCAGUUUGGCCAUGUGGUAGAUAUUGUGGCUUUAAAGACCAUGAAGAUGAGGGGACAAGCCUUUGUUAUAUUUAAAGAACUGGGCUCAUCCACAAAUGCCUUAAGACAGUUGCAGGGAUUUCCAUUUUAUGGCAAGCCAAUGCGAAUCCAAUAUGCAAAAACAGAUUCUGAUAUAAUAUCCAAAAUGCGUGGCACUUUUGCUGACAAAGAAAAGAAGAAAGAAAAGAAAAAAGCCAAAACUGUGGAACAAGCAGCAAUGACUGCAAAUAAAAAGCCUGGUCAGGGAACACCAAAUUCAGCUAAUACCCAAGGAAAUGCAACACCAAAUCCUCAGGUCCCUGAUUACCCUCCAAACUAUAUUUUAUUCCUUAAUAAUUUACCAGAAGAGACUAAUGAGAUGAUGUUAUCCAUGCUGUUUAAUCAAUUCCCUGGUUUUAAAGAAGUACGUUUGGUACCUGGGAGGCAUGACAUUGCAUUUGUUGAAUUUGAAAAUGAUGGACAGGCUGGAGCUGCCAGGGAUGCUUUACAAGGAUUUAAGAUCACACCCUCCCAUGCCAUGAAGAUCACCUAUGCCAAGAAAUAACAUUUGGGAUAGUUGUCUUUAAAGGACUUGGUGUUAUUUAUAGUGUUUGUUUUGAUAAUAUUUCGUCAGGCCAUUUUAAUAGUUGGGGGUAAGGGGAAGUAAAAGUGAAAUUUUUGUUCAGGUUUUUAAAAAUUGCCUAGUCUUCCUUUAGCCUUAGUGAACUAUGAAAUAUGAAGGCCUUAAUUUUGUACAAUAAACUUUUAUUUGUAUUUUAUACAUAAUACUUCAUUUAUUGGCCCACUGUCCUACCAUCAAAUACUUAUACUAGUCUGAAACACAUGUUAAGGUAUAUAAAACUGUAAAUAGAAUGCUUUUCUAGUAUUUUGGAGCAGCUAAUGGUAGAAAAACAUUGAGCCAUUUUCAUAAAAGCAGAGGAGAAUUAGAUCAAGCCCUUGAAUAGAUUUUCUGUAAUGUAAUUUUUGAUGCAUAUGAACUGCCAUCCUGUCAUUCAUUUUGUUUGUUUUAAUGAGACACAUUAAUGGUAAAAAUCAUUGUUCUGAAUGUUAGAAGAAAAUGAGACCUGGGCAGUAUCUAAGUUUGGUGUUCACAUUCUUUAAAUAAAUAACCACAGUAUUUUGCUGGCUGUAGGCAUUUCACAAAUCAUUUUAUUCAGUGUUAGUUGAAUAAAGGCCAUUUAGGAAUAAUUGUACUUAUUGUGUUCUGGGAAAACAGAAGGAAUACUAUCUUCAAACUUAUAUUUUAUGUUCUUACCCCCUUGUGGCAGGAUUGAUCUUUUCAAAGCUCAUUUUCUUUAGCAUUUGAUUUAUACCUAAGGCUAUUGAUUUAGUCCGCUGCUAGUAAAACCCUGGGUAUCUUUAGAAGUGGAUAGUUUUUUGCAUAGAUAGUACAUAUUAAACUGACACUGAUCAUUUUUCAUA